AUGAAUUCGUUAUCUAGUAGUAGUGAUAAUAAUAAUAAUAGUUUAUCAAAUAAAUCACAACAAAGCACCCCACAACAAACAAAUUCAACUACAACUUCUCAUUAUUCUUCAAUACCUAAAGUUGAAGGGGGUUAUUCAACUUAUUCAAAUUCAAAUAAUAAUACGAAUGGAAAUAAUGGUAAUAAUCAUCCACAAAGAUCAUCAACUUAUGUACCGAAUUUAAACAAUUCAAAUCAAGAUAAACAAGAUAAUCAACAACAACAACAACAACAACAGCACCAACAACAACCACAAUCAUCUAUUUAUCAUCAAUAUCCUCCUCAACCAGUAAAUUAUUUUUCACAAGAUGUGUAUAAUCCAAAUUCAAAUCAUCAACUAAACCAACAACACCAAGGAGAUUAUUCUCAUUUACAAGAUCAACAAUAUAGCAUACAACAACAACAACAACAACAAAGACCAAAUCAACUACUAUCACAACAACAACCCCAACAACCCCAACAACCCCAACAACAUCCAGCACCUGUCCAACAACAACAGCAAUACCCAGCUCCAGAUUUAAAUUAUCAAAAUCCUCACGCCAAUGAUCAACAACAUCAACAACAUCCACAAAAUUGGGGUGAAUAUAAUCAACCACCAUUAAAUCCAAUAAGUCCUAAAUCAAAAAGAGGCGGAAAGAAACCAGGUAGAAAACCAAAAAAUAAAGCAAAUAAUAUAAAUCCAACAAAUGAUUAUCAACCUCAAAAUCCAACUCAACAAUUACCACCACAUUUACAACAUCCACAACAACAACAUUUACAACACUUACCACCACAUCAACAACCACCCCAUUUACAACAACUUCCACCUCAUUUACAACCUCCACCACACUUAACUCAUCACAAUCAACAAGAACUUCAUGAUCAAUCGCCUCCUAACUCAAACAAACUCAUUACUAAACGAUCAAGAAUGGGAUGUUUAACUUGUAGACAACGUAAGAAAAGAUGUUGUGAAACCAAACCUAAUUGUACUGAAUGUUCAAGGUUAAGAUUAAAUUGUAUUUGGCCAAAACCUGGUACUGAACAUAAAAAUAAACCAAAAGAUCAAAAAGAUGAUGAAAAUACUAUUGAUCAUGAAAUUUAUGGAAGGAUUAAAGUUUUGAGAGGGAUUGUUGAAUAUAGAUCAAAGUAA